AUGCACCGACUUCUCAGCCUCUCAGCAUGGCUCAGCGCUGCCCUGGCGCUCCCAGCGCAGUCCAUCUACGAAGCACGCAACAUUUCCCAACCUUUAUUUGAGUCUCUGGAAGAACUCGCCCGCGUUGUGGACAUAUCCUACUGUGUCGGAACUUCCGGUAUACAGGAACCCUUCAGUUGUCUAAGCAGAUGCGAUGAAUUUGAGGGUUUUGAACUAGUCACUACUUGGAACACUGGCCCUCUACUGUCCGACUCCAGCGGCUAUAUUGCUGUCUCGCACGAUCCUCACCCUAAACGAGUCAUUGUCGCAUUCCGCGGCACAUACUCGAUCGCGAAUACUAUCGCAGAUCUCUCUACCACACCUGCCGAUUACGCGCCCUUCCCUUCCGAUCACGAAAACGACUCUGUUUGUACGCAACAACAGCCGGUAUCUCGCCCUGAGAACUCUCAAGAGCCUCUCCUUCCACAGCUUGUCAAACAAACGAAGCGCUCUAACCCCGUGCCCGAUUGCAAGAACUGCACCGUUCACUCUGGCUUCCUGACCUCCUGGCGCAAUACCCGCUGCAUCAUUGUGCCGCACGUUGAGGCCGCACUCCGCGACCACCCGGACUACCAGCUGACGCUUGUUGGCCAUUCACUGGGUGGUGCAGUCGCUGCACUGGCUAGCCUGGAAUUUCUUGCCCGAGGCUGGGAGCCAUAUGUCACGACCUUUGGGGAACCACGUAUCGGAAACAGAGCGUUCAACAAAUUCCUCGACGAACGCUUCAACCUGGGCGCUGAACAUGUUGAGGAUGCUCGGUUCAGGCGUGUCACGCAUGUGGAUGAUCCCGUACCCUUGCUACCACUAGAAGAGUGGGGUUAUAGGAUGCACGCUGGUGAGAUCUUCAUCGGGAAGGCGGGUUUGCCGCCUGCGCCUGAGGAUCUCAAGUUCUGCGACGGUGAUCAAGACAUCAAUUGUAUUGCGGGGGGCGUCGAGACGAGCGCAGACGUGGACCUUGAUCACGAUGCUGAGAUCCAAGAUCAAGAUAGCUCUCGCGUGAAGGCUCUAUGGGGCAUCGGAAAGAGGUACAGGCUCUGGCAGCUGUUCUUCGCGCACAGGGAUUACUUCUGGCGCCUAGGUUUAUGUGUGCCAGGUGGAGAUCCGUGGGAUUGGAAUCGGGAGAAGUAUGGGCAGGGACCCCCCGACGAUGAGCUAUGA